GAGUGGCACUGUUCCUAUCCCCCACCCCCACCCCCACCCCUCUCAGUGGAGGCUCCACCUGUCCCUGAGAAGUGGGAGGAUGGAAAGUUAAAACUCUCGCCACCCAGAGCCAGCAGAUUCCAGCAAGUCUCCCACUCAAGGGGACUCAAGGAGGACCCCAACAACUUGCCCCAGCCCUCCUCAGUCCUCCCUCAAUCCGAUCCGGUCCCCUCCACCCUUGCUAUGGCCAACUACUAUGAAGUGUUAGGGGUAAAGUCCAGUGCCUCUCCUGAGGACAUCAAGAAGGCAUAUCGGAAGCUGGCUCUGCGCUGGCACCCCGACAAGAACCCCGACAACAAGGAGGAGGCUGAGAAGAAGUUCAAGCAGGUGUCUGAGGCCUAUGAGGUCUUGUCGGACUCUAAGAAGCGUUCUGUGUACGACCGGGCAGGCUGUGACACCUGGAGGGCUGGUGGCGGUAGCAAUGUCCCUCACGGCAGUCCCUUUGGCGCUGGCUAUCCCUUCCGCAAUCCCGAGGAUAUCUUCCGUGAGUUCUUUGGGGGAAUGGAUCCUUUCUCCUUUGACUUCUGGGACACACCAUUCAGUGACCGUGGCCGGCCCCGUGGUUUACGUGGGGCCUUCUCUUCGGGCUUCGGUGAGUUCCCGGCGUUCAUGGAGGCCUUCUCAUCCUUCGAUACCCUGGGCCGUGGUGGGGGCAGCCGCACCACCUUCUCGUCCACUUCCAUCGGUGGCUCCAGUUCAGGCAACUCAGGGUUCAAGUCAGUGAUGUCAUCCACGGAGAUUGUGAAUGGCCACAAGGUGACUACCAAGCGUAUUAUCGAGAAUGGCCAGGAGCGUGUGGAGGUGGAAGAGGAUGGAAAGCUCCGGUCAGUAACCGUCAAUGGCAAGGAGAAGCUCAUGCGGGUGGACAGCAAGUGAGAGCCACCGAGCCUGGCCCUGGGCUAGUCACCAUCACAAGGGACCACAGUAGUCGUAAGCUAGUAGUUAAUAAAUGUUCCAAGUGAA